GCUUUACCCACCACGGGUCACCAGUGUUGGAUGUGUGUUGCUGUUAGACGACAAAAUUGUUGAUGAGCACAGCAAACCUGGAUGUUUGUAGAUCACCUGGAGCCUGAGAACUUCACCAGGAGAAAGUGUGUCUCCUUUAAAAAGUGGAGGAAGCGUCAGUGAAUCUACUUCCCAGGCCUAAAUGUUUCUCAGUUGUUUGUUGAGCAGAGCAUCCACUGAAUUCAUUUGAGGCACAUGGACACCAUGGAAAACCCAGUCCUGGAGCCCAGAUCAGAGUGGCUUGCCCGCUAUAAAGCUGAGAGGAGGCGGGAACUGGCUGAACGCUAUGGCACCGUGGAAGAACUACCUUCUAAGUGGGUGAGGAGGGAUGAAAAUCAGCUCCAAGACUCAACAAACCAAGCCCACCACUCGACUGCUGCUGAAAGCAUGAGUUGUGGGGUGCGUGGAUUUGCAAAUGGAUUUAAAGGAGCAACUCCUGCAGAGUCCACCUACCUGAGAGGGCAGGGUUCCCAGGACUCUGGCAGUAUGCCGAUUUGGGAGGCUCGGGAGGGGCACUCAGUCCACCUUGGUCUGGAUGCCCCCCAGCUCCAUACUCGGGUGUCGGUGGGCCAGUUGAGAAGUUCACUGAUGCAGCAGGCCAGGAGUGAAGCACAGCUUGAGAAAGAGUCUGAUGCUGGACGAGCCACAUCCUCCCUGGAUCUGGCUGUGAAGUCCGGAUCUGAGGGGGGCCGACGACGUACUCGCCGCUGUCUUGCUGGUGCAUCAGGUGGCAGUCGCAAGGCCACUGAGCGCUUCAGAACACAGCCAGUCACAGCCAUCGAGAUGCAGGAGAGUAGCGGGAUGUUGGGUGCAGAUAAAGAUGAGAACUGCAAAGGUGAUGUGAAAACAGAUGAAAGAGCCAAAAUGAGUGUGGCAGCUAAGAUGUCUUUGUUCAAAGAGCUGGAGAAGUCCGCUGCCUCCUCUGCCUCCCUGAUGCCUCACUCAGGGAGCGUCGGUCAUGAACGCAGAGUGCGCCGUGGCAAUAACCAUCGUUUUCUCACUCAGCCAGUCACAUCCGAGGACAUGGUGGCUAUCAGCGACUGUAAAGCUGCACAGCCAGUGCAGGCUGCAGAAGCGGACGAGGAUGACGAGAGCUGUAAGCUGAGCGUGAGCGAGAAGCUGGCCCUCUUCAACAAGCUGUCGCUGCCCAGACGGCAGAGCGGCAGCCAUGUUGACGGUGCACCAGACAGGCGCCGACAGAAGGGGAGCCGCUACCGCACACAGCCCAUUACUGUGGAGGAGGUCAACCUUCUCCAGAAAGGCCCCAUACAGCUUCCUACACUCUCUUUGUCCUCUGAGCUGUCUGGCAGACAGCAGAUGUCAUCCACAAACCUGAAACCCAGUGAGGUGCUCCUUUCCCGGUCCAGAUAUGACCCUGGUCCAGACCUGGAAGCAUCCAGUUCGACCCAGCAGGCCAUGCAGAGCUGUGGCUCUGAGCCGGGUUUAAGAGGGAUCUUGAAAAAGAGCCGCUCCGAGGGUUCGGAGAGGAGAGUUCAAACAGAGCAGCUGCUCAGCCGUAAACAGGACGGGCGGGAUUGUGAAGAAACAGGUCUGCAGGGGGUGACGCAGUGCACGGAAAGCCAAGAGGUUUCUGCUACACUGUCGCUGGAGAGACGUGAGGCUGCGUGGGCUGAUGGAGGCUUGUUGACUGCCACUCCCUGGAGGCAGAGGAGCAAAAUCAGGAGGGAAACCAAACCGAUGUGCCCUCAGCAUGUGGCCGAGGAGAAGAAACCUGAAACCCCAGACACCAGAAACCAGCAGUCGGAUGAAGAAGACAAACUUGAGAAGACGACUGGAGAAACCACACAAACACUGAAUGGCGAUGCCAGCGUGCAGGACACGACCAACAACACUAAAGUGAGGAAGUACACGGAAGAGACGGAGUUCCCCGAUGCUGACAGUGUCACCCCACAGUGCUGGGAACCAGUCUUUGCCACUGUCUAUUCUAGCAGCACUCCUCAGUAUAUCAUGUGUUUCAAUCAGAGCAACCUGUCCUUUGAAGCACAAGAAGUCUACUCAUCUACCAAGUGCCACAUCCAACCUCAGUGGAGACAGAAGGCUAAAAAUGAGGCACUUCAAAUUACUGAAGCAGAGGAAAUGAAUGCACAGCAGGACAAAGAAGAACCGGUCCAGACCAAGGAAGACUCAGACCAGUCCACUGUGAAUGGACACAAAGAUGACGUUUCCACACAGCCUGUGAUGGAAGUAGAAGUAGAGCUGCAGAGCGCAAAACAGGAAGUGAAGGAGACGAAGCCUGUGGAUGAAUCAGUGUUUGAUGCAUGCUUCCACAGGGAACAGUUUCCUCUUUAUGCAUGUGAUCCCCCAUCGUGUGGAGAUGUUGCUGCCACAGCGUGUGAACAGAACUUAGGUUUCCUCUGCCAGAACAGCACACCGACGCUGACUUCGGCAGUAGCAGAGCACAGACGAGCGGUGCGUCCGUCCCGUCGGACACAGGGUUCCAGAAACCCUCUGAGAGUUUUGGCUGCCAGAGAGGACAUCAGACAUGACUACAUGGGGGAGAGAGUGGAAACAGCUGCUGAGGAAAGAAUUCAAACACAGAACCAAUGUAACAAUUCCUCUGUGUCGGCGUCCGAAGUACUCAAAUCUGAAGAUCUCCACAGCGCUGACUGUUCAGACGCACCAACAAAUAAGUUGUGCGCUCCUUUCAGCAGCCUUAUGCUCAUUCACAUUAAAGGUAGGUGGCAUGUGCAGGUCAGGCUGGUGGAGCCCUGCGUGCAGUCGCUGAACAGUGGCGACUGCUUCCUACUGGUCACUCCAGAACAUUGCAUCCUGUGGACUGGAGAGUUUGCCAGCGACAAAGAAAAAGCCAAGGCUUUCGAGUUGGCUUUGUUCAUCCAGACCCAAAGUGACCUCGGCUGUAAAGCGUCACGAGUCGUCCACCUGGAGGAAGGGCUGAACUGUAACAGCAGCCUGGCUGCAGACUUCUGGAACCUUCUAGGAGGAAGGACACAAUACAGAGGAGCAGGUCCAUCUGAGGAGGAUGAGCUCUAUGAGCAGGGUGUGGUGGAGUCCAACUGUGUGUAUCGUCUGGUGGAGGACAGACUGGUUCCGCUUGAACAGGCCUGGGCUUCCAUCCCCAGUGUGUCUCUGCUGUGCCCCAGUGAGGCUCUGCUGUUUGAUUUCGGCAGCGAGGUCUACCUGUGGUAUGGAAAGGAUGUCUCUCUCUGCAGGAGGAAUGUUGCUCUCCAGCUUACUCACCAAGUGUGGGCUGGUGCUUACGACUACAGUAACUGUCCAGUCAACCCACUGGAUCCCACUCACUGUAACUCCAGCAUAUCACUGACAGGAGAGGGACGUCCCAGCUGGGCGCUAUUCGGCUGCCUCAUGGAGAACAGUGAGACUGUUCUCUUCAAAGAGAAGUUUUUGGCCUGGACAGGCACGAGUGGCAGUGCAGAGGAAGCUGCCACAGCCAAGGAUGCCUUACAGGUUCCUGCCCUGCCCCCUCGCUCUGACCUCCUGAGCCCCUGUGAUGCCAAAGCUCUAGUUCUGGGCCAAAAGGAAGAUGACAGCUUGGUCCAUAAUAUGCUGCCUGUAGAAGAUAUCCAGAGGGGUUACGGAGUUGUUGCAAGUCGGACAAAGCUGAAAACGGUUGCUGUGGACACGUGGCAUGUCCAGGAGUUUGAUGACAGUGAGAUUCCUGUAGAGACCAAUGGACAGCUUCAUGAGGGGGACUCCUACGUCAUCCGAUGGACAUACAUCAGCAUCACAGAUGGUGGUACAAAUGGCCUGGAUGAGUGUAUGAAGGGGCCCACCCCAGAAAGCACCGUCUUCUUUCUGUGGCGGGGUCGUCACUCCAGUUUAAGUGGGCAGGACAGUGCAGCUUUUCUGUCCAUCGGGAUGAAAAACAAAGAAUCACAGGUGAUGGUACCUCAGGGGAAGGAGCCUCCUUGUUUCCUUCAGCUUUUCCAGGGUUGCUUGGUCAUUCAUAAAGGCAAGCGAGACGAAGCCUCUGCUAAACCAGGCUGGCGUAUGUUUUGUGUCCGUGGAGAGCUCCCAGACGAAGGUUCUCUGCUAGAAGUGGAUUGCUGCUGUGCAAGCUUGCGAUCCAGAGGUGCCAUUGUUUUGAUCAACAGCCAGGUGGGGGCGCUGUACCUGUGGACUGGUUGCAAAGCCCAUCCAAGCUGCAGAAAGGUCAGCCAGAGAGCAGUGGGCCGUCUCGUUGAAAUGUGUCCACCAGAGUUGGGUCUCAGCAGAAGCAGCCCUGUGAAAGUGCAUGCAGUAGAGGAAGGUUCAGAGCCUGCAGACUUUUGGACAGCUCUUGGACAGAUGGACAGGAAAGCCUACGACUGCAUGCUGCAAGAUCCAGGGAGGUAUAACUUCACACCUCGUCUCUUCCACCUGAGUGCUGCCUCUGGAAGCUUCCAGGCCCAGGAGCUCCAGAGUCCAACCCGGUUGCCAGGAGUAGUGACAGCAAUGCCGUUCGUCCAGGAGAGUCUGUAUGUGGCACCGCAGCCAGCGUUGUUUUUGCUGGAUAACCAUCUGGAGGUGUACCUGUGGCAGAGAGGUCACUCUGACCGAGAGGAUCUCUCUGCUUCAACCCGCUGGCACAGUGAGAGGAACUGCGCCAUGCAGACGGCACUGCAGUACUGCAGAGAAAUGAAUCCAAGACGCCCACCACUGGCCUACCUAAUCAGUGAGGGGUCAGAACCGCUCACCUUCACUAACGUCUUCCCUCGCUGGGAGAAGAAACCCCCCACACAGGGUGCUGUGGGACAGAUGAAGCUGACUUUGGUGCAGGACGCCUUAGCCUGGCUCACAAAGACUCAGUACCCUCUGGAGGAGCUGAUGAGGAGCCAUUUGCCUGAGGGAGUAGACCCCGGCCGUUUAGAGAUCUACCUGUCGGAUCAAGACUUCCAGACUAUUUUGGAAAUAAAGAGAGAUGAGUUUGACUCCCUCCUGAGCUGGAAGCAAACUGAUUUAAAGAAAACUAAAGGUCUCCUCUGCUCGGUGGAACCGCAGGCUGAUGGAGGGACAGUCUCUGAGACGGUGGCAGGUGGACAUUAGUGCCACGUUGCAGCACAAAGGACUGCUCAAAGCUUAAAAAGAAGAUAUUUAUGUCAAAUUGGAUGCAAAGUGUUACUUUCUUCAGCUGGCAACAUACACAGUCUUUUUCUAGAUGCUGUUUGCAACUUGUGUCUGAGAGUCUGAUUUAAGCCUUAAAAGUGUUCUCGGCCAAAUCCUUGUUUUGGAGAAGCCUCACUGCCUGUGCCUUUUUAAAAGAGGGUUUUAUCCCUGUCCCUAAUUUGUGCCUCCUCCACCAGUUUUCUCUCUCUCGUUCUCUUAAAAAAAACUGUAGUUUUGGGCUUUCAGAAUACCAGCAGGGAACCACAUCUGAACUAUGACAACAGCCUUUGCAAUUUAUUACCUCUAUUCUGCAAAAUAUUUCUUUCAUUUUUCACUCACUUUGUCACUAUAAUCACUGGUUUUUCAGUGACCCCUGCAGGUGGGACACUGCCCCCGAUCCCCUGCUGACUUGUUUUUGAGACCCCUGCUGCAGCGUUGUGUUUGCACGUGUCCGUGU